AUGCUCUCCCUCAUCCUAACCGCUGAGCUCUCAGGAGUCACCGACCUCCGUCCGCAGGACACCGAAGAAUCACCCUACUACUAUACUUUCAAGGUGCAAUGUACCUCGUGUCGCGAAGUCCACCCGAACUGGGUGAGCUUCAACCGGUUUGAACAGCAUGAGAUCCCCGGAAGUCGUGGCGAGGCCAACUUUGUCUGGAAGUGCAAGCUUUGCCAGAGGACGCACUCCGCGUCGAUCCUAGCCGCCCCUAAGGCCUACGAGGCUGAGGCGGAGGGUAAGAAGAAGGGGCAGAAGAUCAUUGACAUUGAGUGUCGCGGGCUGGAGUUUACGGAGUUUAAGGCUGAUGGCGAAUGGGAGGCAAAGGGUAUCGAGUCUUCUACGCCGUUCACGGGCAUUGAACUGCUUGAAGGCGAGUGGUAUGAUUAUGAUGAGAAGGCUGGGGAUGAGGUUGCUAUCAAGGAGAUUUCGUGGGAGGUUGGUCGGGCCUGA